AGUUUAAAAUUAAAUGUUGAGCAGUAAAGACGUUUGAUUUUUAAUUUUGUUUUUAUAUAUAAAAAUAAAAAUUUACCUCAAAAAGAGUUAAAAAUUAAUUAAAAAAAAUACAUAAUUUGUUUGUUGUAAGUGUGUGUGUGUGAAAAGAAAAAUAUUAUUUUAAUUAAAAUAUUUAAAGAAAAUAUUUCAAUUAUCAAAAAUUUAAUAGGAAAAAAAGUUUUGUUUUUUUUUUCUCUACAAAACUUCUCUAUAAUAUUGCCACCUUUGUUGUUGUUGCUUGUAGCCUUCAACCUGGCCUAUAUAAACGAUUUUCAACCCAAACGUGGCCGUCCGCGCGCUUUACCCCAAAUGGGUGAAUUCGAUUUAAGUUUAAUUAGCGAAUUUCGCAAUCGCCCUUCGUUUUAUGAUCGCAAUUCACCGCGUUUUAAGGAUAAACUUUAUAAUGCUCAUGAAUGGCAGGAAAUCUCCAAUAAAUUGGGUUUUGAUGUUUCCAUUUUAAAAGAUCGUAUUUUACAAUUACGAAAUCGUUAUAAUUUGGAAAAACGACGCCUAGAACAGUUGCGAGAAGAAAAUCCCUUUAAAUCUCAUGAAUCACCUUGGCCUCUUUAUGAGCAUUUACAUUUUCUUUCGGAUCAUAUAAGAGCAAGAAGAUCAUAUAAGAAAAUGAUGCCUUUAAAUGGUAGUGGUCAAUUUGGUGCUGGUCCCGAUUUAAGUAAUUCAUCUAAUGGCACAUUACAUCAAGCGGUCGGCACGGGAACAGUGGCAGCCGGGGGAGGAGCAUUUCCAAAUGGUUUGCUAACCGUUAAAAUGGAAGAUGGUUCAGAGGAAACAGAUGCUGAAACGGAAAGUCAAAAUAAUGAUUCCGAGAUAAAUGCAUUUGAAACAUCGGGUUUAAUUACGGACACACAUUCCUCAACACUACAGCUGCAACAACAACAACUGCAACAUUCUCAACUUAGACUACUGCAGCAGCAACAACAACAACAGACGCAACAGCAGCAACAACAACAUCAUCCCACUAUUAGUAUACGUCGUUUAGAUACAUUACGUUCAGAUUAUGCCGAUUCCUCAUCAUCGAUGUAUCAUAAACAAAAACAACAACAACAUUUCCCACAACAACAACGUAAUCAUCUAACAUCCUUUAAUCAAUCCUCCGUACAAAAUGAUGAUGAUUCCGCAGUAUCCACAGCACCUUCACCCCCUAAACAGGCGCGUUUAAAUGCCCGAGAAUUAAAAUAUAAUGCCUUUGGUAAUUUUAUAUCAUCUUCACUGCAAGAUCUACCACCCAGUACAGCUUUAGAAUUGGUGGAAAAAUUUACCUCCGAUAUUGUUAAAGUAUUAAUGGCAAAUGCCGAACAAGAACAACACUGCAAUGAUUUUGAAUGAAAUCUCUUAACAUUUUUCAAUUCAAUUUCCAAAAAAGGAGGUAUAAAGUAAAAAAAGAGAAAGUAUAACUUGAAACUUAACCUUUAACCCUAUUUAAUGUAUAUUACAUUCUACUAUAUAUUCUAUGUACUUUUAACUAUUUAGUUGUAUUUAUUGAUUAAAACAAACUUGAAAGCAUUAUAUACUUACUUAUACAUAUAUAACAAAUUAUAUAAACGUAUUUAUGUAAAAAAA